CGUGGCGGGGAGGCGGGAUCGAUCCGUCCCGGUAAUUAGGAGAAGCGCGAAGUGGCUCGAUCGAGCAGAGCCCCUUCCACCGUCGUUAUGUCCCAUUCGGUGGUCCUGCGUGGUCCUUCGCCGUGGGGUUUUCGCUUGGUGGGCGGGAAGGAUUUCAGUGCUCCGCUGACCAUCUCCAGGAUUAACCCUGGCAGUAAAGCAGCCAUGGCAAACCUGUGCCCAGGAGAUAUUAUUCUGGCAAUUAAUGGAGAGAGCACAGAGAACAUGACACACCUAGAAGCACAAAACAAGAUCAAAGCAUGCAUGGACCAGCUGCUGCUCUCCGUGAACAGAGCUGAAGGGAAGACCUGGUCACCCCCUGUUCUGGAAGAUGGCAAGGCUCAAGCGUAUCGGAUCAACAUAGAGCCAGAACCGCAGGACAACGGGCCUGCCCAGAGCAGGAGGCCGAUGAUGCCCCACGGGGCUGGGGGCAGCCCCAUGGACAACAAGCAGAUGCCGAACGUGCAGCACCAUCACCCGACCCGGCUCUACGCUAACAGCGGCUCCGAGGCGGCUCUGCCGGGCCAGCUGAGCGGGCUCCACAUCGCUCCUGCCCAGAGCCUCGACCCCUUGAAGUCUCUCCCACGGAACAGAAAUGGGAUUGACGUGGAGUCGGAUGUGUACAAGAUGCUUCAGGAUUACGAAAAGCCCGUAUCGGAGCCUAAGCAGUCUGGAUCCUUCCGAUACUUGCAGGGCAUGUUGGAGGCCGGCGAGAACGGUGAAAAACUCGACAAACUCAGCAACCCCCGAAACAUCAAGUCCCCGGUGUCAAAGCUUGGCGGUGCCAUGUCCGGGCUGCAGAUGCUCCCCGAGUGCACCCGCUGCGGGAACGGCAUCGUGGGCACGAUCGUCAAAGCUCGGGACAAGCUCUACCACCCCGAGUGCUUCAUGUGCGACGACUGUGGCCUCAACCUGAAGCAGCGAGGGUAUUUCUUCAUCGAAGAGCAGCUGUACUGCGAGACGCACGCGAAGGAGAGGGUUAAGCCCCCCGAGGGAUAUGACGUGGUGGCUGUUUAUCCAAACGCUAAAGUUGAACUUGUCUAAACCCAGGCUGUGCUCUGGAGAGGUCGGGCGGCCGCGCGCCCACCCACGUCCUCCCCGCCGGCUGCGCAAUGUGGCUGUAAUCAGCCCCGAUUACCAAAGCCCAAGUUAAAAUGCCUUUUCCUAGAUAAAACCGUUUACACUUGGGAUCUCCAGGGGAUGGUGUUGAAAGCAUACGAACAGGUUUUUCCCUUCUUCUUGUCACUCUGCUUUUUGGGUUGCUGUGUUGGGUUAUUAGUCUGUGCCAUAACCUUAUCCAACCAAGAUCUGUGUAAAUAUUGAUUAAUUCUCUGCUCUGUUUCAUAUAAAACCAGUAUUCCUUUUUUUGCCCCCCUCUUCUGAAAAAGCGAGGAAGAUGUUUUAAAAGCUGAAAGAAAAUAAGGCACUUUAACAAAAGAAGCUGACUCCUAUAUCCUGACCUUAAUCUCCUGCCCUCCGGCUGCCCCGGUGAUUAGAAACCAACCCCCUGAGGAGUCUGGGACGUGGUACCGGUGGGUUGGGGUCCCCGGCUCAGCCCCAUCCCCGCAGAUGUGCCAAGGAAGGGCGGUCUCUUAAAACAGUAUUUGCUGUGAAAUUCCCUGGGUCAGGGCACUGCAGUUUGAGGCUGACACAGACCGAUCCAAGUUUCCCGAGAGAUCUCCACACUGAGCGUGCGAUGAGGCUUUUUUCUUCCUUCUUCCACUCUUAUUCAGUUGUUCUCUGUCAUCUAAUCAUCCAAGCACACCUUUAAAGGACACUGAAAUAGCACAGAGCCCACCUCGGCUAUUCCCACCUCCCAUGCUCCUGCCCCCCAGCUGUCCUUGCUUUGGCUGUUCUGGCUCUUCUUCCCCAGCUUUUGCUGUAUUUUUGUAGUCCUUUAUUUCUCGAUCCCCAGAUUGCUGCCAUCUGGGUCUGCCUCCCAGCAGGGAGGCGGUGAUGAAAUCCCUCCAGGCACUUAGGAAGUAACUGGAGUGGGGGUGAGCCCCAAGUCCAGAGGCAGUGGCUUUGGAUUUAUACCCGUAUACCAAGGCUGCGCUUUCAGCCAGGUCCAUCAUCCACUUUAUUUGAUGGGGAAGAGGUUUUGAGGAUAUUGGGAUGUCGCUUUGUUGGAGAAGUGGUUUUUUUUUUUUUUCAUGUUAGUGUUUGGAGGGGAGAGAGAAACAGAGUUUACUCACGCAGCUGCUGGAUGCCACUGCGCGUGGUGGUAGGAGCCGUGGGUUUGGUACCACGAGGUUACUUCUGCUUUGCGACAGCCUCCUUCCUCCUCCUCACCUGAGAGAGGGAGGACGUGGGGGAGAAAAAGAAAUGUCUAUGCUUGCUUCCCUUCUGUGGAGAAGGAAAAUAAGAGAUGGGGUGAUGGCCAAAGCACUCCUUCCCCUUCUGGCUCUCCAUAACAGGGGUCUGAGAAAUCUGGGACUGGAGGAGGGUCGGGAACAUUAUCCUGGUUGGGGCUGAGCACGCAAUUUCUUCCUACAGGUUCUGCACCCCAAAAGGGAGUAAGGAUUUUAGGGUGUUACUGGGCUACAUCUAGACCUCUUCAUGCAGUGCCUUACAGGGACUGGAGCAGCUCCUGCCCUGUGCCCGGCAGGAUUGGGCUGCCCGAGCGUGCAGCUCCCUCCGGCCGGGUACCGCCUCGCAGCCGCAGGGAUGCUGACCAUGCGCGUUCCUGCUAGUAGCAGAACAUCCACCUCCCCCUCCUCCUACCAUCAGGAUUUGUAAUUAUUAAAGUACAAGUAACACGUGGAAACUUUUAUCACAGCGCUGAGCCUCGUUUUUCUUGUAUUUGCAUAGCCUUGCUUGGUAGGUUGGACCAUCUGAAGGGAAAUACUUGGGACAGCUUUAAAUGAUGAGGAGACUAACAAUGAUCAGGUGGGAAGUGUUACUGCCCCUGUUUGCAAGCCUCUGCUUGGAGCUCCUUAGUUUUCCAUCAUCAGAAACAUUUGUUCUGAAUUCCUCCAUUAACUUUGCGUGUUGCUGGGCCGAGCUCUGGUGCCCGUAGCUUGAAAGUUCAGGCUUCACCCAAACCCAGGACUGAAGCCAGCUCGGCUGAGCAAUGGAAAACUCACGACACGAAUGGCGCAGGGGGCUUUUCCCAUUUUCGACGGCCGCAGCUGCCAGCUGGGGCUGCGUGUCACGCUCUGCAGCUCUUGUCCCUUGUGCGGCUCCAUCUGCGCGGCGGUUGUGUCCUGUGGGGAUGCCAGGCGUCCUGCAGCCUUGGCCCAGGGAACACUUUACAAAUUCAUAAAUUGUUCCAUUGCCCUCAUUUUGCACACCUAACUGAGCGGGCUGCUGGCGGGGCAUCCUUGCUGGUCUUGCCUGGCUGCUGUACCAGUACAGCACUGGGAGUGCUGGGCAUGGGGCUUUUCUUUUAAUUUGAACCCAAGUUCCCACAAAUCAGUUUUUCCAUGCGGUUGUCUCGUGAUACCAUUUCUUAGGAGUAAUCAACUCAUUUGAUCCCUCCAUGGAAUUUGAAGCUGGAGCCGCCUCGCACAACCCCAUCCCGAGGCACAUUGAUUCCUGGCUUCGGGCCAUCUCAUUCACAUUAUGGGGUUUGCAGGACCUGCCGCAAGCGAGACUCCCGUGUCACCAGGUAAUGCUAUUUAACUCUGUAAAACGUGGGGAGGGCACCAUUUGUAUGAAAUACGAAAUAAAAUUGUAUUGUCGGU